CGUGUUAUUUAGUCGCCCGGUAGCUGUGUUUGUUUCGGGUCAGGUCGGAGGGUCUUUGGAGGACAGUUUAUUCAUCAUGGCCCUGAGGGUGAUCCGACAGAUCGUCCCAUCGGGAGCAGCUGCUCUUAGAGCUGCACACAUCUCACAGAAGGCUGGUGUUCACACGAGCUCAGCGAGGAGCCUCAAGUACGGCUGGCUGACCUACUUUAUGGGCGAGAGGACGACGCCACGGUUAACGUCGACCAGCAAAAUCAUCACCUUGGAUGGAAACCUGGCCUCAGGGAAAGGAGCUCUGGCCUCCAAGCUGGCUGACACACUGGGGAUGCUGUACAUGCCGGAGGUGGACAACCACUACAUUGACAGGAUGACCGGGCAGAAGGAGCCUCUUUCUGUGGUCUACAACGGGAUGUGCAGCCUGGAGAAGUUCUACACGGAUCCCAAAGCUGCGGACGGGAACAGCUACAGGCUGCAGCUGUGGAUGUACAACAUGAGGCUGCUGCAGUACGCAGACGCCAUCGAACACAUGCUCACCACAGGCCAGGGAGUGAUCCUGGAGCGCUCUCCCUUCAGUGACUUUGUGUUCUUGGACGCCAUGUUGCAACAGGGAUACAUCAGGAAGGAGUGUGUGCUGCACUACAAUGAGAUCAAACACAUCAGCCUGUGUGAGUUCCUGCCUCCUCACAUCUCCAUCUACAUCGACGUGCCGGCUGAGGAGGUGGAGAAGAAACUGAAACAGAGCGACAAGUCCUAUCUUCACAACGUGCCCCUGUCAUAUCUGAAGAGCAUUGAAGAUGGCUACAAGAAGACAUUUCUCCCCCAAAUCAUCGAAACAUCCGAACUGCUUGCUUACGAUGCAAACCAAGCCCUAGAUUUUGAAAGGGUGGCAGAAGACAUCGAGUAUCUGAAGUGUGAGAAAGAGCCGUGGGUGAAGCAGGACGACGUCACCUACCACCACAUGAGGAUGCUAGUGGAAGAUAAACAUGCUGUGGUGUCGCUGACCCACAUCCCCUUGUUCCUGCCUGAGAUCACCAUCGGGGCCCACGACUACGACGAAAAGUUCUACGCCUAUAAAUCGCUCCCUGGGAAGAAGUAUGUCGCUGGUUAUAACGCAGAUGUGGGGGACAAACUCAUCUGGCUGAAGUGAGUCUGAGGCCUGUGAAUGUCAUCCGCUGAUCCGCGCGUUGAGUGACCUCCAGCCCACGUGUCCAUUAUUGAUAUAGUUCUAUCUAUAUGUUAUAAUAAUAAUAAUAAUAUGUAUGUAUUAAAAUAAUACAUUUUGAAUCUACA